AUGAUUCGCCCAACUGUAAUGAUUGCAUUCCUCUUUCUGGUGCUGAUUUUGACGGAGGAAUCUGAGGCAAUGAUGCGAGGUCCCGGUCGAAGACAGACACCGCCGCCGCCACCACCACCACCAAAAAGAAGGCCUCAACCCAAACCUCAUAUGCAAGAGAAGAAACCGGAGGAGGAUCUCCUGAAUCAGUUUUGCGGCCUAAAUGACACACAAACAAACUAUACAAAACUCGAUGGUGACCAUACAGAACCACCAAACCAGUCUACUCCUGCACCGACCACAACUGCAUCUGUUUAG